AUGUAUCUUCAUUUGGAUCUCUGCUAUGGGGACGAUGACCCUCUGUCUUGGCCUCAACCAUACAUCUCUCAACAUUGUCAUUUCCCCAUUAUUCGUUCUGCACUAUUGAACCCAUCUGAUUCCCAUCCCGAUGCUCUGCUAUACUGGCUUCCAGGCAAGACUGACUUCUACGAAGCUGAUUCUGCUGGUGAAUGUAGGGGUCCCAGAUUCCUACUCCAUCAUAAGUUUGUCUGGUUCCAAAAAUGGGUAGAUAAAACCAUAGAAUGUGGGAAGGGAGCAACAUUUUCUGAAGGGGCUGAGGAUUUAAAGCAUGGCUAUAUGGUGUUGCUCCAUGACCUUCUGGAACACCUUCAGCACCUUCCCAUGUCUCUUGAAAAGGUGCAAUUAAGUGUGCAGGAGACUCAGCAUGUUGUACUCUAUUUGCAGGUGCUGAUAGAUUAUAUGUUGAUCUAUAAACCCCAUAUGGAUACUGCAGCAGACAGUUCAGUGCCACAAAAAGCAGAUCCUGAGCUGAUGGGAGCAUUUACGAAUGAUGCUCAGAUUGUGCAGAGCUUUUUCCAUGCAGGGAUUCCAGUGUGGAUCAUUCAGCACAUUGAUCAACUUCCAAACAUCCGUAUCGACAAGACAGAUCAUUUCCGAGAGCUGCAUUUCUUCAUGCCCCUUGACCAGCAUCAUGCUAAGUUCUGCCCUAUCUUCAAAGGUCAUGGAUUGACUGCCAAAAAAUACUAUGCCUUUGACAGGUUUACACAUAGCCAUGUCUGA